UAAUCGUUAAAAUCGAACGAGCGGAUCAAAUCUAUCAGUUGCAUGAGUGUUUGUCUGAAGUCUCUGCACAACAUUUCCCGUUGAAGAGUAUUGUACGAAAUACAGCCACGAUGUUACGUUUAUUAUUGAUCCUUGUGGUUACCAGUUUGACUCUAGCAGUCCCACACGAGAAAUUGGUCGAGAAGCGCAGCCCUAUUAUCGAACAGUACCACGUUAUAGAGGGACCAAUGGACUGGUACGAGGCAAAAGCUGCAUGUGAAGCAAACGGAUGGCAACUCGCACAACCCAGAACUCAGUUCCAAAUGGACGAGAUAAUGAAAUUAUAUGUGGCAGGUUUUUAUUGGAUUGGUGUAAGCGAUGAGAACCAUGAAGGGGAUUUCACUUACUGCUCAGAUGACCACCCAAUUACCUACAACAACUGGGAUACAAACGAGCCAAAUAAUGAAUACGGAGAGGAAAACUGUGUUGAGGUCUGGAAAUUAGCGGGCAAUUGGAAUGACGUUAAUUGCACCUUGGUACGAGCCCAUGCAAUUUGCGAGCAGCAUGGACCCGUUGGUGAGCCUCAUAUGAGGACAUUCGAUGAACGUACUUAUAAUUUCCAAGGAAUAGGCUGGUACUAUCUUUUCAAGGACUGCAACGACAACCCUCGUUUUGAAAUCACAACCAAAUUUGAACCAAGAGAAGAUAGUACACCAGACAAUAUCAAGACGCGAACUAUUGCAGUCAACGUAACUGUUGGAAAUCAAUACGCAAUUAUUGAUGGACGUGAUGUUACUACAGGACGUACAGAUGGACAGGUGACUGACGCAAAAGUUAUAACAGUCCAGGAAGAAGAGGAGGAUAUUAAACUGCAGUUCACUUCAAAGGACACGACAUUCUUUCUUAGAUGGACUCUGAGAAAGCACGCAUUAGAUGUAUCCUACUCUGGCACUUUUUACAGCGGAAAGCUAUGCGGUCUGAUGGGUAAUGCAGAUGAUGAUCCCCGCAAUGACUUUCAGAAACCUGAUGGCAGUAUUACCAAAAACGCUAUUGAAUUUGGUGAAAGCUGGAAAGUAACUUACAAAAAGUAAAUGAGACUAAGGAAGCCAACAACUGACGAAAAGACGGGCGUCGUAACAGCCUUGUUAGUUUUAGAGAUCCAUAUUCGUUAGCAUUUUAUGAUGGUGUUUUGGGGGGAAAUUAGUAGAUAUGUUUUAUUUUAUCUAUUGCUUAACGAGAUUAGUUCAAUAAAAAGUAAAUAUAAUCAUAUCACAAAAA